AUUAUCUUCUGGAGAAAAUUCUAAUCACAAUUGCGUACUACGCGCCUAAGCGAGACCGUUUACCGUUAAACUGUUAGCCACGGAGCGCACGGAGCAAAUCUUAGAGAGGGAGAGAUGACGCCGAUGCGAUACCGCGCGGUCUUCCGGAUUCCUCAGAGCAAAAACAGAGCACCAUUUUUCUUCCAAUUUCGUCCCUACUUUCAGUCCAAUUAUCAACAAUCCCGGCCCGAACGGUCUUCGUUUGGGAUUGCGUUCGACAUCGACGGGGUCAUUCUCCGCGGCCGGGCUCCGGUGGGAGGGUCGCCUCGAGCUUUGAGGAAACUGUACGGACACUCAGGUACUUUGAAGGUUCCUUUUGUGUUUUUGACCAACGGAGGUGGCGUCCCUGAAUCAAGACGAGCAACUGAGUUAACUGAAAUUUUGGGAGUUAACAUCCUGCCUUCUCAGGUUGUCCAGGGUCACACACCUUUUAAAAAUUUGUUGACGAGAUAUGAAAAUGAACUCAUUGUUGCUCUGGGAAAAGGGGAACCGGCUCUUGUAAUGUCUGAGUAUGGUUUCAAAAAGGUUCUCUCAUUAGAUGAGUAUGCAUCGCACUUCGAGAAUAUUGAUCCCGUAUCCCAAUAUAAGAUGUGGAGAACUAAGCAGACAUCGGAUUGUAGUAGCCAACACAAGGAGUCUGUGCCGAGAUAUGAUGUUUAUUCUGACAGGGUUAGUGCAGCUUUUGUUGUCAGCGAUCCUGUGGAUUGGGGUAGGGAUAUUCAGGUUCUCUGUGACAUUCUAAGAUCUGGAGGGCUUCCUGGACAAGAGAAUGGGCAUCAACCACCUCUAUAUUUUGCCGCAGAUGAUCUUGAGUAUCAGGCUGCAUUUCCUUCUGAGCGACUUGGAAUGGGUGCCUUCAGAAUUGCACUAGAAAGCAUCUUCAACCGAAUUCACCAUGAUGCUCUGGAAUAUGUAUCUUUUGGGAAGCCAAAUCCGUUUGUAUUUAAGAACACUGAAACUCUGUUGGCACAGCUUCAACCAUCUCAUUGUGAUAAUGAUAUUACAACUGCUGGAGACUCUCCGUCACAUGCUUUCAAAACCCUUUAUAUGAUCGGCGACAACCCUUCAGUUGAUGUCAAAGGUGCUCGGCAGGCUGGACAUCCUUGGUUUUCUAUUUUGACGAGGACUGGCGUUUUCAAGGGGGAAGAUAAUCAUGCUGAGUUUCCGGCAGACCUGGUAAGAAGUUCCUUCGCUUUUGUUCCUUCUGUAGGUUGUAGAUACUGUACAAGAGGCAGUGGACUACAUUCUGAAGAGGGAAGGAACUUCUGUAGGUUGUUAAUGCUCAUAAGCGCACUUGCUUUUACUACAAGAAUGUUGAAUACAAGUGUUUCCUGAAGAAAAGAAACCUAAUUUGCUCGAAUCUAAUAAAUACAACAAAUAAUUACGGGAGUUAGUCACUUGCACCCUAAAAAUGUCAUCAUGAAUUCCGCUCGAGUGAAAAAAAAAAAAAAAAAAAAAAAAGUGAAACAGCAUGACACAUUUUCGUGUGUUUACAACAAAUUCCUGUUGAGAAUAUUAAGGACUAAUUACACUUUUGCAUCCUCCUGGUUUAGAGCUUGUGACAAUUUGGUCUGUAGCUUAAAAAGAAAUAUUGUUAUCUCUCCUGUUUUGGUGGAUCUACAGCGGCAGCGGGGAUUGCAAGCUGCUAGGGUUUGUGUUUUUGCUUUUAUGCUCUGUUUUCUUUCUAUUUUGAGCCAUGUUUUGUUUUGUUUUGAA